GGAGCGAAACGGACUGUUUUUGCAGACGCACCGCUGCGCUCAGGAGAGUUUGAACAGGCAGUUAUAGGCAGUUUUUCAUGCUGGCACUCAAAAAUCCACUCAAAUCAAAUUUAGGAUGGCUCAAGCAGACAGCAGGGCUCUGGCUUUGGGAGUUCUGGCAGGGGCUGCUGGGAUCAGCUUGGCGAUUGUCUGCUUCCACAAAAUAGGAGCAGGUGGUGGUGGCAGAGUCCUACACCUGAGCAGCAACGCAGAUCACACAGCAGGCAGUCUGGGUCUGCGGACGGGCCAGGCAGAGGUGCUGGAUCAGCUGGGUGCUCUGAUCCACUGUGUGUCUGAGCUCAAAGAGGAGGUUAAAGCCUUGAAGGAUGCACUUCCACACCUGCAGGACAAUGUCAGAGAUCAUCUUCGUCGAACUCCCACCAGGAGAAAAAGAGCAGGUGUCUCAGCUAGAAGUGAAGGACAAAGCUCAGAAGAAGCAGAGAGUGAAGGAGGGUAUAUAACCGCACUGACAGAUUCUGAGGAAGAGGAAAGUGGCGAUGACCAAAAACCACUGCAGGAACCAGUGGAUGAACUCACUGCUCUGCUGCGGAAAGCAGACCGACUGCACAGCUCUAACGGAGCAGAGAAAUCACAAGGCCUGAAUGCUCUGCUGGAGAGGAAAGCAGAGUUUGAUCAUAAGUGCCAGUACCUUUGGCGGUUGUCCAGAGCCUAUGCAGAUGCACAUGAUUUUGCUCGAGACCUUGCAGAGAAGAAGAGCUGUGCUGAGAAUGGAAAAAAAGUUGGUGAAACGGUGAUUUCCAUCAAUCCACUGUGUGCUGAAGGUCAUCAGUGGUAUGCUAUACAUUGUGGGCUCCUGUCAGAGUAUGACUCUAUUCAGAAUAAAAUUAAAAAUGGUUAUCUUUUUAAGGAUCAUCUGGAUAAGGCAAUUGAGUUGAAACCUGAAGAUCCUCUGUCAUAUUACUUGCUGGGCCGCUGGUGUUAUGCUGUGUCACAGUGUACGUGGAUUGAGAGGAAAAUUGCUGCUACUCUGUUUGGAGAGCCACCCAGUGCCACAGUCCAGGAUGCCCUGCAGAACUUCCUCAAGGCAGAAGAGAUCAGUCCUAAGUAUUCAAAAUUCAACUAUGUGUUUUUAGCCAAGUGUUACAAAGACUUGGGCCAGAAGAGUCAAGCCCAACAGAUGUGUGACGCUGCCUCUGCAAUGAGCAUUGAGACUAACGAGGAUGAGGAAGCACAGAAGGAAUUGGACGCUCUUGUCGCAUCACUUUAAGUCUCCAACAAAAGCUGUCUGUCUUUGUGUUCUGUCUCUUUGAACCGGACUGUAGAUGUUUACCCACAAACCAACACAUGAACUACUAAUGUUGGCCAGGCCAUAUGAUUUACCAGCAGUGUUAUGUUUAUUUUUAUUUUAUGCACAGAAUACUUUAUAUGUUUUGCAGGAUAAUUUCUUUUAAUUCUUUUUGACAGUUUUUUCCCCCAGAACAUUUUAGACAUUUACAGUAACAGUUGCAAUACACAACGUGGUGCCAUGACCAUCAGUGGCUGCUGUUAGAUUUAAUUUAGAAUGAAUUUCAGUUUCAUUAAGGAAUAGUUUGCCCAAAAAUGAAACUUUGCUGAAAAUGUACUCACCCUCAGGCCAUCCAAGAUGUAGAUGAGUUUUCAUUGGAACAGAUUUGGAGAAAUUAAGCAAAAGUUAAAUA